AUUAGAUGAUAGUCACUCUAAGGAACCUAAGGGGUUAAGAUCGUGGGAGAGAAAAGGCGGUCACCCGCAUUUGUCAUCCACCCUGUGCUGAACGUGAACUUGCCUUGAAACGCCUCUUCCCGAGGCUUCUUCUUCGUGGGCCAACGACUGUAUAUCAGCACAAAAGUCCUUGCCUAAGUCAGCAUGUUUACGUCGUCGCGCUCGAGAAUUUGCUGCGAUAUAUUCUGUGCCAAAUUGGUCACAUAUGACUGAUGUGGCUCGCGUGAAUGAGCUCGGACAAUAAAGACAUGUCAAAAACGUCUUACUAAGGUGAAUGUACUGAAAAGAAUGUGCGUUAAAAAUGCACAAAGACAAUAAAGAAUGAUUUUCAUAACAAAAGAUGAAUAGCUAGCCCUUUAAACAAAGCAUAGUUUGCCGAAGGAACAAAGGAACCUAUCGAAUGCAAAAACCAUAAAAAGCUGACGAAAAAACGUGGGCCGCUUCUUUGUGGGCGAACUUAAAACAGAACAGAACAGUGGGUUAACCAAGUACGAUGAAAAAGCUGAGCGAACACAAGACUCAAUUUAUCGACGACAACAAGCUUAGAAUUAUGAGAUUCAAAGAGAGUGUAGCAUCUCUUUGGAAGACAGAUAAGGCUAACCAUGAAGCGACAGGCCUCCGUAGGACGUGUUCAGAAAGUAUUUUGUUCCGUAACGACUGGCUGCAACGACUAAAGCACUUCAACUUGGCACAUCGUAACAUUGAAGAAACAGGAAACAAAACCAACGAAACUCUUCGAAGGACCAUUAAAGUUGAACACAGUGUUUCUCCGCGACAAAAGAAUAGAGUUGAAUUAAAACCAGUGAAAUCUUGUCUUCGGACGACGGAACAGCUAAGCGGUCAGAGCAAGGAAUCGACACCAUGUCAAAUUUGCAGACGUGUCACAUUUUCGACAUACGCAUUGAUUCUUCAUGCCGCGGGGCAGAACUCUGUUACUGAGCUGAAAGAUCUCUUGGAUAGAAAGCCCUUGCACAUUAAUAAACCAAGUUCCUCUGGCGAAACUGCCCUUCACAAAGCCGCGGCGAAGGGGAGUUUAGACUGUGUUAAACUACUUGUUCAGCGAGGAGCAAAUGUUAACAAGGUUGACAAAGAAGGUAGAACUCCUCUCCUAAUCGCUUGGGAGAAGGGACAUUUUGACUGUCACAGAUAUAUGCUAGAAUCUCUUAAAAUUUACGACAAUGAUUCGCCAUGCUAGCUUUCCGAUGAGUCUUAAAAUAUUUGUAAAUAAAAGUGAUUUUAAAUAUAUUUCCGCUCUUGGAAAUUGAAUAAUGAGCUUUUUUGUGAUGCUCUACAUCGGUGUAUUUACGUUCACUAUCUGAAAAACUUAUAUUUUCACAGACACUGUAAAUAAGAAUAAUAUUUUCUGACCCUAAUUUUGCAAGAGUUUAGAAUCGUAAAGACUUAAACAAAUGUAAAUAGAAUGACAUGAACUAGAAGUAAUUUAGAAUAUUUUCUUUAGCUUAUGCGCGCGCGCUUACAGCUUUGUUGCUAUGAUGGGCCAUAUUCUUGCCAUGUCUAGAAACUUUAUUGGAAAGAGUAAAAAUAAACACGUUUUUUUAAGAGA